UGAAAGACCUUUAGCUUGUAGAUCACAGUUCAUGAAAGUAAAUCUCGCUAUUGGCUGUUUCUGACAAUGACACGGUUUAUUGGGCUGAAGCGAGGAUUCUUAUGAACUUCACAAACAUCCUGUUGUGAAAAACACUGUACAGUCUUCAGGAGCGAAACAACACUCUGUCCGUUUGAUUUGAAGUCAUGACAAUUACACCAGUCCGUGAUCUGAGGAGGAUCUUACCUAAGACGUAUGAUCACAGGAGACAGGUCCUGUCGGAGAUCUCUACGGUUUUGUCUCAGCAUCAGUACCUGCAGCCAGUGCUGGACAGAUAUGUCUUUAAUGAUGGCAAAGCGAGGACCUUGGUCAGUUUGACUGGAACUAUUGAAGUGUUUUAUGAAGGGAAACGCUACAAUAUUCCAGUGAGAUUGUGGCUGAAGGAAAGUUAUCCACGCACUGCGCCCAUCUGCUUUGUGAAGCCCACACCGGAGAUGGUGAUCGUGACCAGCAGACAUGUCAACAGCAAUGGAGAAAUCCUGAUGCCUUACCUGGACGAGUGGAGACAUACUCAGUGUGACCUGCACAGCUUGAUUCAGGUUAUGAAGGCCGUGUUUAGUGAAGUUCCUCCUCUGCGUUUGCGUCUUUACCCAGAAGAUUCAGGUUCCGCUUAUCAGAAAUGCUCAGUUGAGGAAAUCUCACAUGUGACGCUGGACAGAAAGGACGAUCUUCCUUUCUCCGAACAUAAUGAAACCGUCUGUUAGCUUGCUAGAUGUAUUUACAAUUUGAUUUUACAGUUUGUACAUAUAGUUUCUUGUUAAAGUAGACACUUGCAUGUUUGUUUAAAAACAAUAAUUAUGAAUGUUAAAUUUGAGCAGCAUGAAUGUAAAUACUCCAUCUUUUUGUACAUUCUAUGUAAAUAUGAAGCAGUGUUUUCCUGAUACAUGCUCAGUUUAUUCUCAGUCAGUGUUUUUUCAUUUAUUCAUAUUUUGACCUGUAUCAUAUCCUAAAUAUCCCUAGAUAUCAUAUCCCUGUAUCAUAUUUAAUCUUCCUAAAUAUGUAAAUAUGCAGAUAUAAACAGUGGUAAACAAAGAUCCCACAGCAGAUAAACAACAAUAAUCAAUCAUCGUCAUAUUCAUACUCAAAUUUUAUAUUAAAAAAGACUCUUUAAAAAUUA